AUGCAGCGAGUUGGUGCUUUUCGGAAGGCUGAAGAUCACCUCCAAGCCUGCGGUGUUCCGCGGGAAGUAGCCCAAGCCUCUACCAACCACUUGCAAGAAGCUUAUAAGAAGGGCAUGGAGGACUGCCUUGGACGUGAAUUCGCAGAGGAAUACCCUCAUGCCCAUUCAGGAGUCUUGGAAGGCUUGAAAUGUGUCUCAUCCUGCGGUUUCCACCCCGAAGUGCCAGGGCUCACACUCUCUUUCAUCGAAAGUAUGAAGAAACAGAAGAUUUUGGAGGCUGAGACACAAGAUGGCAGUGCUCAAAAAGAAAGUGCAAAAGGAAGUGAAGGGAGGGAGGCCAUUGCAAACAGGCUGGACCACAUGGACCCACAACAUCAAAAUGGCCUCCUGGGUUUCAUUGCGGUCGUUUCCGCCUACUUCAAUCCGGAAUUCUCCAAGUGCGUUUUGUCACGCUGCCACUCGGGCUUUUUGAGUGCUUUGGACCACACCGACUACCGCCAUGACUUCGAAGAGAGCAUGCGCAAGGAACUCUUCGAUGAGUUCAUUGAAGAUGAGGCCCUGCAGUCCCGCAAGGGCUUCCUGGAGGCUAAGUUGCAGGAGCUGAAAGAGGCAGAGCGCGAUUGCGAAGGAGCUUUGAAAAAGCUUCGCCAGCUGGUGAACUGCAAGUGA